GCCGGGACCGGCCCUUUCAGGAGGCAACGAAACCCCGGUUCGGUCCCGCUUCCGAAGCGCUUCGCGCACUCCGUUUCCGGACGCGUUGCCCCACUUUCUGAGAACUGAGCGACAACCAGGCGCCGCCGGGAUGCUGGAGGCGGCGGACCCGAGCGGCCACUCCCGGCAGCUGCUGCUCCAGCUCAACGCGCAGCGGACCAAGGGCUUCCUGUGCGACGUGAUCCUGGUGGUGCAGAACGCGCUCUUCCGGGCCCACAAGAACGUGCUGGCGGCCAGCAGCACCUACCUCAAGGCCCUGGUGGUGCACGACAACCUCAUCAACCUGGACCAGGAGAUGGUCAGCCCGGCCGUCUUCCGCGCCGUCCUCGACUUCAUCUACACCGGCCGCCUGGAGGCGGACGAGGAGGCGCGGGGCCGGCGGCAGAAGGAGGGCGGCCUGGACCCCAAAGCCGAGGCCUCCCCGGGGCGCCGCUGCUUCGAGGGCGGGCCCGAGGACCGGGAGUGCAACAGUCCCAGCGAGGAGACGGGCGGCGGCAGCAGCGGCGGCGGCUCCCCAUCGCCGGCGGGCCGGAGCCACAGCCUGGAGCGCUACCUGGACUACGACGACGACCCGGAGAGCCUGGGCGGGAGCAACCUGGCGAAUUGA